AGAUGAUUAUUAAUUUACAAAAUAUUAAAUUCUUUGCACCAUUCACAUGAGUAGAUGACAGUUUCUUAGUACAUUACAAUGUUUUUCAUACAUUUAUUGAGAAUAUUUCUAAUAUUUGGAGUUGCAUAUGCAUCAGAAAAUGGCAACCAGAACAAGAUAGUUGCCACUCAUCUCAAUGCAAAGUGGGCCAACACUCCAUUAUUACUUGAGGCUGCUGAGUAUAUGGCAGAUGAAAGUCCUGCAAUAUUUUGGACUUUUGUUGAAUAUGUUUCUAAAUGGGACCUGCAUGACUAUGCUCAAAAAAAUGAGAAGAAUCAAUUUGAUGAGCUGCUUUCCUCAAGCAGUAAAAUUCUCUCAACUAAUCAGCUGGAGCUAUUGCAGCUCAGUCUAGCACUUCGUGUGCACUCCCCCAAAAUUGAAAUGUUCCGCCAGAUUGCUCUUGAUAGGGGCAUCCUUAAUAGAACUGACACCCAGAACUGCCAGGCUGUUAUUGAUGUCAAUGGACAUUUAAUUUGUGGAGUGAAGAGUCUUAAGAAGUCCUUGGGAGAUGUCACUGGCAUUGCCAGUCACAUGGCUAUUUAUGAUGUUGAUCACCACUACCCUGGGGGUGAAUCCAAUAAGUUGAAAGUGGUGCUCUAUGCUGAGAUUGGUACACUGGCAUUCAGUGAAUGCCACAGUGAAAUGGUGAAACUGGUUGAUGCUGGUGAAAUUGACUAUAUUCUGAGGCCAUAUGUACAGAGUCCAGGUAGCCAACGUGUGCGUUUGAGUGGCUAUGGAGUAGAGUUGGCCAUCAAGAGUACAGAGUACAAGGCCCAAGAUGACACCAAAUUAGAGGAUGAAGAGUCAGAACAUCAGCAACAAGGAGAAGAUGAGCAGCACACAGAAGGCUUUCUCUUCUCUACCCUGAGAACACGUUACCCAGAGCUGUCUUCAGAGCUGUCAGACUUUAAGAAACACCUUGUGUCAAGCUCCCAUGACAUGGCUCCUAUGAAGGUUUGGCAGCUGCAGCACCUGAGCAUGCAGGCUGCCCAGCGUGUGUUGUCUUCAGGAGAGCCUCUUGAGAAGCUCAAUGCCUUGGUUAACACCGCUCAGGACUUCCCCAGACUUGCCCGUUCCCUCGUCAAAAUUAAGGUUGAUGAUAAAAUGAAAAGAGAGAUUCUGAAAAACCAAAACUACCUGCGAUCCAACCACGAUGUCGGACCCAGCGAUGCUGCUGUGUUCAUCAAUGGCAUGCACUUUGACAUGGACUACACGGACAUCUUUACUCUGCUAGAUCACGUCAAGAAUGAGCAACGGGCAAUGGAGGGACUCUCGAAUCUUGGUGUAUCUGGACCAGCGUUAACGCAGCUGUUGAGUCUCGAGAGCGGCUCUGCUGAGAGCGCGCGAGGUGGUAUGACUGGGCCACAACCUGCACCUGAGUACGGCUUGGACAUACGAGACACGGCCAUCAUCUGGCUCAAUAAUAUUGAGACCGACUCUACCACCAAAAAAUGGCCAUCUUCUGUCAAUGAGCUGCUGAGGCCUUCAUAUCCUGGCAUGCUUCGAUCCAUCAGAAGGAAUUUUCAUAAUUUGGUUCUGGUGGUUGACCCGCUAUCAGCAGCGACGUCAGAGCUGUUCGUGCAGGUCAACAGCUUCCUGAGCCACAACGCGCCGCUGAGGAUCGGCCUCGUGUUCAGCGUCUCGGCCGACAAGAAAGUCACUGGACUGCAGGACGCUGGCGUCGCCGUCGUCUGUGCCUUCAAUUAUGUUGUGCAGAGCUACGAUGGCGAGGAGGCUAACAUGAAGGGAUUUAAUUUCCUGCAAGACCUUUACUCGGCUGUGGGAUCUGACCUGACUGUGGACACGAUCACAAGCUUCUUCAAGCAGCGCUACAAGAGCGAGGACAUUGAUGACGUCUUCGGCGACGACUCCGACUUUGACGUCGGUCGCAGAGUUGCCCGUGAAUUCAUUGAAAAAGGAGGAUUCAAAAGCGUCCCUCAGGCCCUGAUGAAUGGCGUGCCUCUGCCCAGCAAGCAUCUCUCAGGCGACGAGUUCGAGGAGGUUAUGCUCAUGGAAGUCAUGCGCAAUACUCAGGUGAUACAGCGCGCGGUGUACCGCGGUGAGCUCAACGACCGCCAGGACGUCACAGACUGGCUCAUGGCCGCCCCAAAUAUCAUGCCCAGACUGAACGAGCGCAUCCUAAACAGCAAGUCAAGUCGCAGUGUCGACACCUCCUCAACUACAACAGAGACUCUUUCACAUCUCUCCUCAACUGGUGCUGAAUUAAAGUCAACGUUAGACGCACUGCCGCUGCGUGACGUUACUGGGGUGUUGGAUAACACGUGUCACUACAUCAGCACCAAAACAGAGCCAGCUGUGAGGCCACUAACUCUUUGGGUCAUUGGUGACUACGACACUCCCGAGGGGCGUGAUCUGCUUCUGGAAGCUGUCAAAUACACGCGUGAGAGCGACAGUGUGCGGCUUUGUGCGAUCCACCACCGCAACACCAGCGCCGCUCCCUCCACGUCGCUCGUUCCUCUCAGUCACAUCAUUGAAGUGGCGCACUCAACUCUACCUUCUCCUGUGGCUCGACAGCUUCUUGUCAAAAUACUCGAUUCUGAUUUUGUUGCUCGGCUUGCUGCCGGGGAGAAGGCCUUCGACCAAAUCAAACUAAAUGGAUUUGACCAUGAGGCAUUUGAGGCGCGCCUGAAGAGCUUCUCAGGUGACGCUUUCAAGCUCCACGCCUCCUUCAGUUCGCGCGUGGUAGGCGUGCCCGGCGGCAGUCGCGUGGUAGUCGCCAACGGCCGCGUCCUAGGCCCCCUCGAUCCUGACGAAAUAUUCGUACUCGAGGAUUUUGCUCUCCUGGAAAAACACACGGCGUUCACUCUCACCGACAAGAUCACGGAAAUCAUGAAAGAUUCUACUCCGGACCCGAGUGGUCUCAGCUCUCUGAUCAUGAAAGUUUCGGGCGUCAUCCAGACCAAGCCUCAGACCAAGAGCCGGACGAGCCUAGAGCUCCGCGGGACAGAACACUCGACGUUCACCAUAGAGCCCCGACGGCCGGAACUGCCCAGCUUUGAUGUGGUGGCUGCGUGCGACCCUGUCUCUCUAGCUGCCCAGAAGAUGGGACCUGUGCUGCAGGUUCUACAUAAAGUUCUGAAUGCAAAAAUCACAGUCGUACUGAACGCCAUCGAAAAACACUCCGAAAUGCCUCUCAAAAGCUUUUACCGCGUCGUUCUGGAGGCAGCACCGCAGUUUCAUGCCAAGACUGGGGCGCGCCUGCCUGGUCCUAGCGCCGUCUUCUCGUGGCUCCCCGAGACGCCCAUCCUGACGCAGAACUUCCACGUGCCGGACAAUUGGCUGGUUGAGGUGGUGCGAUCUAAAUACGAUCUCGAUAACAUCAAGCUAGAACUUGUGGAGAGUAAUGUCGUCAGUGAGUACGAGUUGGAAAACCUACUCGUUGAAGGCCAUUGUUUUGAACAGAGCACCGGCAACCCUCCACGUGGCCUGCAGUUCACUCUCGGCACCCAACAUGACCCUGUCAUGGUGGACACAAUUGUAAUGGCGAACUUGGGAUAUUUCCAACUGAAAGCUAACCCAGGCGCCUGGCACCUGGACCUGAGAGAAGGUCGAUCUAAAGACCUUUACGGCAUUACCAGCCACGAAGGCACGGACACGCCGUCAGGCAGCAGCGCCGUGCAGGUGCUGGUCAGCUCCUUCAGGUCGCACGUGGUCAAGGUGCGCGUCGCCAAGCUGCCUGGCAAACAAGACAUGGACCUCCUCAACGAGGACGAUAAAGACGACGAGGCUGGAGGCUUAUGGAACACCAUCACCAGGGUGCCGUUGGUUGGUGCUGUGGUGAGCGAGUGGGCGAGUCUCAUGAGCGAGCUGCGACACGUGUUCCUCGCUCCCAGCACGUUCAGUUCGGGAGAAGAAAGCAGUGACGCGAGUGUCUCCGGCGACUCCAGUGAGACCAUAAACAUCUUCAGCGUGGCGUCCGGUCAUCUGUACGAACGCUUCCUCAGGAUCAUGAUGGUGUCCGUCCGCAAGCACACCAACUCGCCCGUCAAGUUCUGGUUCCUGAAAAACUUCCUUUCACCAUCGCUAAAAGACUCGCUGCCUAUUCUGGCCCAAGAGUACGGGUUCGCGUACGAGCUGGUGCAGUACAAGUGGCCGCGCUGGCUGCACCAACAAACAGAGAAGCAGAGGAUCAUUUGGGGCUACAAGAUCCUGUUUCUGGACGUCCUCUUCCCGCUCCAUGUCAAGAAAAUCAUCUUCGUUGACGCGGAUCAGGUCGUGAGAGCUGACAUCAAAGAGCUUCACGAUCUCAAUUUGGAAGGAGCCCCAUAUGGCUUCGUUCCUUUCUGCGACUCGAGGAAAGAAAUGGAAGGCUUCAGGUUCUGGAAGCACGGCUACUGGCGCAACCACUUGGGCGGGCGCAAGUACCACAUCUCAGCUCUCUUUGUUGUGGACUUGCGUAAAUUCAGACGCAUAGCAGCGGGCGACCGCCUCAGGGGGCAGUACCAAGGGCUCUCUCAAGACCCUAAUUCUCUGUCUAAUUUGGAUCAGGACCUCCCGAACAACAUGAUACAUCAAGUGCGUAUCAAGUCCCUGCCCAUGGAGUGGCUGUGGUGCGAGACCUGGUGUGAUGACGAGAGCAAGAAAUACGCCAAGGUCAUCGAUGUGUGUAACAACCCGCAAACGAAGGAAGCCAAGCUGGUGGCCGCUGAGCGCAUCAUCGACGAGUGGACGCAGUACGACCAGGACAUCAAGAGCGUCCUCGCCCGACACAAGGAAACGUCUUCUAAAAAAACUUCACAGCCUUCAAAACCUCCGCCAGUCGCCGGCCAAGACGUUCAUGUAGAACUUUGAUAUCUCUUUAUUGCAAUUUAUUCUACAAUUGUUUAGUAAUGAAUUGAUUUAGAUGCCAUUUUUAUUUAUUUUUUGGCGCUGAUUUUUAGCGACAUUUUUUUAUUUGAGGUGAGAAGAAAAUUCAUAUAAUAAAAAUAAUAUUACUCGAAUAUUCACAAUGACAAUUAUGUCCCCUGUGAAUAACUGUGUUCACAUCGUGUCUUCGAAGGACAUGGAAAUGGCUGUAGUCAUUUUAAUAUGCAUACAUGUUUUCAUACGUCUGAAUGAGACAUCUGGAUUCCAUUAUUUUAUAACGAAAAAGCAAUUUAAUUACACAAAAAACGGGAAAUCAUUAUUAUUGGUAAUUAUUUAUCAAUCAUAUCAGGUUAGGCAUUACAUAUAAACAGCGAAUAAAUGGAUCAAGCAAAACCCUAUGCAUGACUCAAGAUACAAGUUGGUCGAGGGCAUGCUAAUGUAGACCUGUGGUAAUCAUACUAUUUUACCUCGAAGUUGUACACAACUGUCAUAUGUUAAGGUAUUUAUAAAUCGUCUUAAUUUUCUCGAAGCCACGAGAAAGAUUCAAAGGAUUUAUAGCUUCCAUGUAUGUCGCCCUGUAAAGUAAGUUUAUAAAUAUCUUCCUUCAAGCUUGUAAGGCAUCUGCAAAUAAUUAUACAUGAUUUUAAGCUAAAGAACUUCGCCAUCAGCAUAGAUUAUGUGUGGCUAAUGGAAAAUAUGUUCGUGUGCUUUUUUUUAUCGCUAACACUUAAGCUAUGAAAGGAGUCGCCGCAUUCAUGUUGUAACAAUACAUCAUUCGCUAGAUAACGGGGCAUUGAUUAAUUAGAAGCAGUUGAAUUUUGGUUAGGAUGUCCCGUGCCGGUCAAAAAUAGUUUUUUAUGCACUAUUUAUUUUCAGUGUUUUCCUUGCGCAGUAUCAAGUAUCAUCCAUAGCUGAAAUUCUCAAUCUCUGCCGUUAUCAAAUACUCAACAUAGUUGUCGAGUAUUCGUGUAAUAAUUACUCCAUCUGUUGAUAUUAUUUUCUUACCUUGGGCCUUGGCUAUUCAUUAGAUAUUCAGGCUUAAAUUUCGACGAGUUUUUCACGAGCAUAUUAUCUCAACGGAAAAAAAUGAACUCGUGAAUCAUUAUUCCAGUUAAUACUGGACAUUUUUAUUCACGGAGUAAGUAAAAUUUUGAAAUAAUUGUUGUAAAUUUAAUAUUUAAUGUGCAGUAAUCUUGACAUCUCGUUGGGCUCAUAGUAUCUCAAAUCUUGGUAUCUCCAGCAGAAAUGGCCAGGCUUCAUGUGGUCUCGUUCGAGUUUUUAUUCUAUGUGUACAGUAUAUUAUGUGCAGGUGAAAGUAUAAACCAUUCAUGAAGUGUCA